AUCUGAACCCUGCAGGUUUCUGAUAAAUACAUUUUAUCCCACUCUCAUUUCCAGUGAGAUGUAUAAUUUAACCCUCAACACACAAAAGUUUAAGCCAGUGUGAACCCUCGAUAGAUUAUCCACAAACGACGCUACCGAAAUGAUGCUCAAAAGCUUGAUUCGUCGUUUUUCUUCUUCUCCUUCUUCAUUCACAAAAGCAGGUAAAGUGACUACAACUAUACCACAAGAUUUAGUACUUAAAGCAACCCAGCUUCAGAAAUUCCUUCAAAAAGAUUGUAAAGAAGGUAACAUCACUCUUGGUGAAGCACGCAAUUUCUUUUGUUUAAUGAUUCAUAUGCAACCCAAACCACCGAUUUCAUCAUUCAACAGGUUUUUUGGAGCUCUUGCUAAGAAGAAGUUUUAUAAAGAUGUUAUUUUACUUUACAAACGAUUGGGUUCAACGGGGUUGUUACCUGAUUUAAUUACUUUGAAUAUUUUGAUUAAUUGUUUUUGUAAUGUGGGUCGAGUUUGUGAUGGUUUUGCCGUUUUUUGGAGGAUUUUGACGUGGGGUUUUAACCCUGACGUUGCGACUUUUAAUUCUUUGAUUAAAGGUUUGUGUUUGGAGAAUAGGAGUUUGGAGGCUAUGGAGUUGAUCAAGAAAAUGGAUAUGUUUGGGAUCAGGCCUGAUAUUGUUUCUUAUGGUAGUAUUAUCAAUGGUCUUUGCAAAGAUGGUGGAGGAAUUAAGCCAAAUGUGGUUGUUUGUACCACUCUAAUUUACGGUUCUUGUUUUGUGAGAAAUUUGGAGGGGGCUAAAAGCUUGUCUUUUGAGAUGGUGGAUCAAGGUUUGCAGCCUAAUUUACUGACUUAUAAUACAAUGAUAAGUGGGUUUUGCAAAGAGGGGAAGAUCGACGAAGCUAAUGGGUUGAUGGAAUUGAUGAAUCAAAAAGCAUUGCAGCCUAAUGUGGUGACUUUUAAUUCAAUGAUAGAUUGGCUUUGCAAGGAGGGAAAGAUGGAGGAAGCUAAUAGGUUGUUGGAAUUGAUGAAUCAAAGAGGUUUGCAGCCUAAUAUUGUGACUUUUAAUACAAUGAUAAAUGGGCUUUGUAAGGAGGGAAAGAUGGAGGAAGCUAAUGGGAUGGUGGAAUUGAUGAUUCAAAGAGGACUCCAGCCUAAUGUGUUGACUUUUAAUUCAAUGAUAAAUGGGCUUUGCAAGGAGGGGGAGAUGGAAGAAGCUAAUGGGAUGAUGGAAUUGAUGAUUCAAAGAGGUUUGCACCCUGAUGUGGUGACUUUUAAUACAAUGAUAAAUGGGCUUUGCAAGGAGGGGAAGAUGGAGGAAGCUAAUGGGUUGUUGGAAUUGAUGAGUGGGAAGAUGGAGGAAGCUAAUGCAUACUUGAAAUUGAUGAUCCAAAGAGGUUGGCAGCCUGAUGUGGUGACUUUUACUACAAUGAUAAGUAGGCUUUGCAAGGAGAGGAAGAUGGAAGAAGCUAAUAGGUUGUUGGAAUUGAUGAGUCAAAGAGGUUCGGAGCCUAAUGUGGUGUCUUUUACUUCAAUGAUAAAUGGGCUUUGCAAGGACGGGAAGAUGGAGGAUCCUAAUGGGUUGUUGGAAUUGAUGAGUCAAAGAGUAUCUUGGAAUAUGGCUGCAAAUUUUGGGUUGAAAUUGGUGACGUUUAAUUCAAUGAUUAAUGGGCUUUGCAAAGAGGGGAAGAUGGAGGACGCUAAUGGGUUAAUGGAACUAACGAGUCAAAGAGGUUUGCAGCCUAAUGUGGUGACUUUUAAUACAAUGAUAAAUGGGCUUUGCAAGGUGGGGAAGAUGGAGGAAGCUAAUGGGUUGUUUGAAUUGAUGAAUCAAAGAGGUUUGUAGCCUGAUGUAGUGACGUUCACUAUAAUGAUAAGUGGGCUUUAUGAGGUGGGGAAAAUGGAGUAAGCUAAUGGGUUGCUGGAAUUGAUGAGUCAAAGAGGUUCAUCAAGAAUAUCCAUCAAUCAAAAGAAAAAUGCAACACUAGAACUAAUUACUGUUCCAAGAGUUGAUUUCUAAGGAUUUGAUCUCAAUUUUACUGAAGCUUUGCUUAUACGAUUUCUGGUGUGCAUCAUCUAAGCAAGGUGUCUUAGUUGAUGAAAUGACGGUCGUCGUGAUGAGACUAGGAGAUAUAUAUUGAGGAGAAGAAGCGUUUUAGGCUGAAGUGAGUACAAUUUGCAAACUCUUUCACAUGAACCAUGCUGCAAAAUUGUUGUUGAAAUUUGCAUGUCUGGUGUGGAAGAAGAUAGAAACAUGAGAUCAACAAUGGAUUCAAAAUUUGCACGGCUCUUUCAGAACAAGAAGCUGAAACUGAAGUCAACUGUGUGGAAAAUUAAUUGCUGCAAUAUUUGAGGUAUAAAUUUGUUUUCUGUUUUUGGUAUGUUUUUGUUUUAAGGAUUUCCAAGAUGAACAUUUUGAUUAUAUGAAGGAUUAACUCAUGGGAUUUGCAAAUGUAUCAUAGGAAGAGUGUAAUGUUUAUGCAAUAUAUUUGUGUAAGGUUUAGAAAAAAGAUUUUGUGUUUUCUAUUAGUUUGUGAGAGGACAAUAGACCUUCCUAAAU